UAGCCGAUACUGUCAGAGUCAGUCAUUCGUAUUAUAUUAACGUGCUUCAGGUAGUUUUUCCCUCAAAAACACUCCAAAAUGGCCUUUCAGUGUCAACGGGACUGCUAUAUGAAAGAGUUUGUUACCUCUGUAGUGUCCUGCUGCCCUGCUGAGCUCAAACAAGAAAUCAAUGGGAAGAAAGAAACUCUAAAGGGCUUCAAUGUGAAGCUCCAAGACACCAUCCUGUUUCCUGAGGGAGGCGGCCAGCCAGAUGAUCAUGGACUUAUUGGAGAUGUCCCAGUUUUGAGGGUGACAAGGCAGGGGCCUGAAGCCAUACACUUUGUGAGCUCCCCUCUGGAGGAGGGCCAGGAGGUGCAAGUAAAGGUGGACUGGGAGAGGAGGUUUGACCACAUGCAGCAGCACUCAGGGCAACACUUGAUCACAGCUUUGGCAGAUUCAUUUUUUGGAUACAAGACCACAUCCUGGGAACUUGGUCGUCAGAGAAGCACCAUUGAACUGGACACUCCUUCUGUGAAGCCUGCUCAGCUCCAGGCACUGGAAGAAGCUAUAAAUGAAAAGAUCAGAGCCCAUGUCCCUGUCACUGUUCAGCUUCUCUCUAUAGAUGAUCCUGCUGUGGAGAAGGUGAGGAGUCGAGGCCUGCCAGAGGACCAUGCAGGGCCCAUUCGGAUCAUUGAUAUUGAGGGUAUCGAUGCCAACAUGUGCUGUGGAACCCACGUGUCUAACCUCAGUCACUUACAGGUAAUAAAGCUGCUGGGAACAGAGAAAGGAAAGAAAAACAAAACAAACCUCAUCUUCCUGGCAGGAAACAGGGUACUGAAGUAUGCUGAGAAAAGCUACAGCACAGAGCGAUCACUGGUGUCUCUCCUCAAAACUGGACCUGAUGAGCAUGUUGAGGCAGUCGACAAGUUGCAGAAGUCUGUUAAGCUACUACAGAAGACUAACCUGAGCCUGCUACGAGACAUGGCUGUCCUAAUCGCUCAGAACUUUAAGAAUGACCCCCAGCGAGGCAACUUCUUCAGCUUGCACAAGAAAGAGGGUGACAACGAGUUCAUGAAUAUCAUUGCCAAUGAAAUAAACACUGAGGAAACUUUGGUUUUCUUGACUGUUGGAGAGGAGAAGGGACCUGGUUUGUUUGUUCUGGCUGGUCCCAGUGGACCAGUGGCUGAGCUGGGACCACGGGUGUUAGAGAUUCUCCAAGGAAAGGGGGCUGGAAAGAACGGACGUUUCCAAGGAAAAGCCAACAGCCUGGCACGAAGAGGGGAGGUGGAGGCCCUGCUGCAGCAGUACUGCAAACAUCUCACCUCAGAGGAAGAAUAAUCCCAGCAAAGGUUCAACACCAAGAAAUAUUUUAUAAUAGCAAGCUUUACAUUUAAUUAUUCAUAAUUUGUGGUAAACGCUUAACUAAUGUAAAAAUGUAUAUAAUUGGAGCUUCUGUACAAUAAUUCUGAGCUGUACAAUGUUAAAUAUCAUGGACUAAUUUUUUUUUUAUUUCACUCAAAAUCUCAUCUGUGAUGUUAAAUCUGUGAUCAGAUUUCCGUUUGUCCUUAUUUUACAAGUAAUACUCUGUUUUAUAUAUUAUACGUGGCAGGAUUACUUGUGAGUGACCAGAAAGAUAGAAACCCUUGCACAAUGUAAUACAAUUAAACAACAGUCCUUUAAUAAAUACCAUGACGUUGAAACU